GUGAAAGAGAGACAGAUAGCUGUAGAGAGAGAGAGUAUAUAUAUUAAGACAGAUUUAGAGAGAGAAAGGGAAAGAGAGAGAGAGAGAGAGAGCUGACUGUGCGUACUGGAGCGCCUUCUUGCUAGCCUCUCUAUCGCUCUCUCUCUCUCUUGACGUUUCUUCUGGAAGAUACGCUCUCUACAGCUCUUCUGAUCUCAGGUUAAUUCAAUCCCUCGCCUCUCUGAGGGAUUGAACAAUCCAUUUUUGUUACAUAAAGAAACUGGUGUGCAAGGAGAAUGGGAAGUAAUGGUGCUAAUGAAAUUUCCAUGGGCCAUGAGGCAGAAGGUUCUGAGACCACAAUUGAGAUAAAAAUAAAAACAUUGGAUUCUCAAACUUACACUUUGCGUGUGAAUAAAGAGGUACCCGUGCCUGAUCUAAAAGAACAGAUUGCUUCUGUUACUGGUGUCUUGUCAGAACAACAACGUUUGAUAUGCCGUGGAAAAGUCUUAAAGGAUGAUCAGCUCCUCUCUGCAUAUCAUGUUGAAGAUGGUCACACUUUGCAUUUGGUUGCCAGACAAGCAGUGCCACCAUCUUCUGAGAGUUUACCAAGUCAUCCAGGUACUGACCCUGCUUCAAGUACCAGCCGUAAUCAACGAAUUCAGAUAGCUCCUGGUAUUGUGGUUGAAACUUUCAAUAUGCCUGAUCAAGCUGAUGGUGUUCAUCCAGAUAUCAAUCGGAUUGUCACAGCUGUUCUUGGUUCUUUUGGAAUAAAUACUAACGGGCGAGGUAGUGAAGGGGUUGAUGUCCAUGAACAUGGCUCGGAAAGACGUCAAACUGCAUUAGGUGCUGGUGGUUUGAGAUCAUCAACCCAGCUGGUACCUGAAGAAGCUGGCAUGAGGGGCCAGUCAGAUAGAUCACAUGGUCCUUUUGGACUUCAAACAUCUGUUCCUUUAGGGCAUUUGCAGCCUCAUGUGAUACCUGAUUCUUUGACGACUUUGUCCCAAUAUCUGAGUCGUAUGAGGCAAGAAUAUGGUGACAAUGACGGGAGAAAUGAUGCUCAAGCUGGGGCCACAGAUGGGACUGGAGUGUCGCUUUCCGGGUCUGUGCAACAGGGGCUUCCUACUCCAUCACUCUUGGCAGACAUUUUAUCGUCUACAAGAGAAAUGCUCAUUGAACAAGCAGCAGAAAACUUACUACAACUUGGGAGGCAACUGCGUAAUCAAUCAAAUGUGACUGAUCCAAUGGUGCGACUAAAUACUCAGUCUAAUGCAUGGAGAAGUGGAAUUCUAUUUCAAAAUUUAGGUGCAUUUCUUCUUGAACUUGGUCGGACAACCAUGACUGUUCGAAUGGGUCAAACUCCUUCUGAAGCAGUUGUUAAUGCUGGUCCUGCAGUUUACAUAUCACAAUCUGGUCCUAAUCCUCUCAUGGUUCAGCCUCUUCCUUUUCAACCGGGAUCAAAUUUCGGGUCAAUCCCUACAGGAAGUGGACAUACUGGCUCUGGUUUGGUUCAUGAUUUUGGUGCUGGGUUUCUUCCAAGGCAUGUCGAAAUACACAUACGAAGAGGUUCGUCAACAGCCAGAGCCAAUGCAAACCAAGAGGAACGUGCUGGUUCUCAGCGGGCCUCUGGACAGACUAGCCCAGCAAUGAAUGGUAGUGAAUUUCAUGUCAGUCAAGCAACUUCAGGGGUUCCAGGGGAUCCUUCUCAUACUGCGGCACCUGGAGUACGGCUAGUGCCCAUUGGGACCAUGGUUGCAGCAGUUCCUGGUCCCCUUGGUCGCCUUCCUGUUCUUGGAAGAUUUCAACAUGUAGCUUCUGGACUCUUGAGCAGUAGAAGAGGAUCUCAGACUUUUGGAGAGUAUCGCCCAAAUGGCUUCCAAACGGAGCUUCAGUCUGGAUCUGGACUGCAACAUAACAUUGAACAUCAUGCAAGAGAUACUAAUUCGACAAAUUCAGGGGUUGAACAAGCAGGUCCAUUGCCAGCUCCUAAUUCACGCAGCUUUAAUAUCAACGUUCACUCAACUGGUGGAUCCGGAAACAACCAAGAAUCUGAGAGCGAAGUCCCUAGUGAAAUUCUUCAAUAUCUGAGAACUCUUUUUCCAGGUAGUGAAAUCCAAGUAGGAGAUGCUGUCCCACUGGAAACAGCUACAGGUUCUGUUGCACAAAAUGCUGGGACAACCAGUGGAGAAUCAAGAGAGAGUGAUGAAGGAAUUUUCCUCUCCAAUUUGCUUCAGCAAAUCAUGCCCUUUAUAUCUCAACUUUCAAGUGGAGAGCCAAAUCUUGCAUCUUCAGAGGCACCAAAUGUUUCUGAGCAAAGAACUGAACAAGAUUCUUCCUCCUACGCUGAGAAUUCUGAUAUCGGGACCUCACGUCGACAGAAUGAUGUCGAACCAAGUCCUCCAAAUUCAAAACGUCAAAAGAUGGAAUAAUUUAUCAUAAGAUAAGAGUUGUAAUUUAUGAUCCUGUGACUAGCAAUGGGGCAUUUCUUCUACCGGUAUACAGAGGUGGUACUCGUUUUGUUGCUGUAGCAUCAUGCAUUUCACUGCUAGGAGGUGACAUAAUGCCACAUUUCGCAAUUGUAGGCUUUCUUCUCCCUGGGACAAAUAGAUUGUUGUAUGUACGACUUUGGCCUAGCCUGAGUUAUGUGCCUUCUCUUUCUUUUUUAAGUCUUAUUCAAUGGGUAAAAGUAAUGUUAUUUAGGGUGUUUCUUGUAACUUCCAGCGCAUCGUGUUGGGACAAGGGUUUUUGAGUUGAUUUGAGGUACUUUUAAAAUUUGGGCCUUGCUUUAAUAUCUAUAUAGGGUUUUGUCAUAACUUUUUAAUCUUA